ACGGCGUUUGUCGCGCCUCGGAUUCGGGUUCUGGGGCGUGACAAAUUUAGUGGUAUCAGAGCUUAGGUUAAAUUAGAUAUCUGGAGAUUUAGUGGUAUCAGAGCUUAGGUUAAAAUUAAGAGCUUAAGAUUAAAUUAAGCACCUUCAGAUUGAGUGGCAUCAGAGCAGAUUGAGUGAUAUCCAAGCUUAGGUUUAAUUGAAUACCUAGGAUUUGUUUUGGACUUAGCUAGCCAGUGGAUUUUAGAAUCGUGGUGAGACGAGUGAUGGGGUUAUAUAAGGGACGAUUCUGAUUCAUGUUAUCUGAAUUUGCUAAUCCAUUUGAAGAGAUGGUAAUCUGAUUGUUCUUGUUUCUUGCCUUCAUACUUUGUGUGAAGUUGUGAAAGUGAUCUUGCCCGUUAUGUCCUGAAGACCUUGUUUUGAAACUUGGUCAUUUUCUGAUUGUCCGCACUUGUUUAGACUUGUUAUGUGAAUAGAAUUUUUGUAUGCUCUUUUGCCACAAUGUUGAAAUCUGGGGAGUUGUAGAGAUCUUUUGUUAUUGACUCUGUUUGUCUCUACAGCCUAGCUGGUUGAGAAAUUUGCUCUGUUUGUCACAUGACCAGUGGAGGAUGGGUAAACUCUCUACUUUGCAAGAGAUUCAAGGCUAUUUUAGCCAAUGUUGUGUGUUUUUCUAGAUGCGUUUUAGGAGCUGGAUUACUUGGUAAUUCCGUUGCUCCUUAUCUUUCUGAAAGUCUUGUAGUGAAGUUUCACUUUUUCCAUUUGAAGCUUCAUGGUCUUUUCAUGUGGCUCAUUUUUCUAUAUUGGUUAAUCAAGAACAGUGAUCCUUCAAUUGAAAUUGCCUUGUUUUUAUAAAGAUUGGCAAGCUAUCAGAAAGUUAAACUCUCUAUUGCUGCCAAUCUCUACAUUCUUGAUACUUGGAAAUUGCUUGAAACUCUUGAAAUCCGUCUUGAAUCUUUCUUGAGAUUGCUUUGUACUUGUUCUUGAAACUGAAAUCCAGAAAUGGAUAAUGAUUAUUGAAAUCCUCAUUAUCUUGAUACUUGUUUGAAAUUAAUUCUUGCACUGUCCUUGGAAUGUAGUUUGAAUUGUCUUUGAAAAUGUUCUUGUUCUGACUCUGCUCUUGCUCAAAUUUUGUAUACUGCUCUUGCUUGAAUCUUGAAUAUUCUGCUAGUUCUUGUGUCAGUAUACCUGUUGAUCUUCUUGAUUUUUGAUUUUGUUCAUAUGGACACCUCUUUAGGAGGGGUGACGAUUAUCAGAAGAUACCUAUAUGAGGCAUCUUGAUUCUUGUCUCUUGCAAGUGUUAAUCUCUGUAUUCUUGAUGUCUUAGCUUUGACUUGACUCUAGGAUGUCUAGGCUAAGCAGAUUGUAGCCUCCAUGAGCUACGAGGUAAAGGGGUAGUCUUUGAAGUACCUGAUGCCCUAGAGUUUUGUUCCAAGAGAAAUGAUUCUUUUAUCUGGCUGCUUGGAUUUUUGUUUGCCCUUUUGAUUAGAAGACAUGAAUCUUCUAAGCAUCUUGAUCCCAGCCAUUGCUUUGUUCUGUUAAUUAAUUCGUGUUACUUGGGGUGUUAGAUCUUGACAUCCUAAUUAUGUCUGCUCUUGAAUCAGUGUUCUGGUUGUCAUUAUUGAAAUCUCUUUUGUGAGCCUAGUUCUUGAAUUCUAUUGCUUGUUUCAUGGUUACUUUUGUCUCUCAAUUUUGAUUGCUUGGUUAAAUUUGAUCUUGACUCUUGGUGAAUGCCAUUUUGUUGCUGAAUUUUUUGAGGCAUUCUACCUUGCACUCUUAUGUUCC